AUGGAGGAAACGCAGAUGAGGGAAGCAGAAAUCGGAGGAGUUAGGUCUAUCGUAGUCCUGAUCAGCCAACCUCAUUCACACAAGUCGACGCCGAACCGGACCGAACCGAGCCGAGCCGACACCGAUUGCACCACAACCAAAAUGAGACCAGAUCAUUCGACACGAAAUGAUGCACACCACAUUCAACCGCCAAACCCGAACGCUCCAAAGAUGUCCCAAGUUGCUCUGAUUUGGUCUCAUAAAUGUGUACAUCCAUGCGCUGAUGAGGACUCAUAA